AUGACCCAGGAAUUUCUACGUAAUCAAACAAACUUGGACAUCCCGCUUAUAAAAGAAAUGAGGGAACUCAGUGCACCUACGGAUAAAAUAGAUCUUACAUUAAUGUCCAGAGCUCAAGGCGUAGGGUUGAACACAAUUUGGAAUGAUAUCUCUCUUGAGCAAAUGGCAAACUAUAAGGACCAGCUUGGUAAUGCUAUCAAAUUAUGGAGACAAUUCACAUCACCGGUAGCCAAGAAAGUUAAUGACGACCCCCUCGACGAUUGUAUAAUUGGAAAUUGCCUUCGGCGCACUGCCCCUACAUGUAAGAGAAUGGGGGCUACAACAGACGAGUGGUUUGAGAAUCUUGAAGAAGAUCUCCGCUUUGGACUUUCCCUUCUUCAUAAGACCAAGGAUCCACUAGUAAUCGAAGACAAAUAUCAAGAACUUAAGAGGAACUUUCCGAAAUCAGACCCAUACGUCCUCACGCACGGAGAUCUAAACUUAACUAACAUUAUAGUAAAGGAUGAUAAAAUAGAGGCGAUUAUUGACUGGGAAUAUUCUGGGUAUCUCCCUUGGUGGGCGGAACGCUGGCUAUCUUUGAUAGGUGGCGACAAUCAAUCUGACGAACUCUUCGACCCACUUUGGGCAGAUAUCGGUUUAGAGAUGGACGAGGCCACUUUUCAAACAGAGGUUAUAGACAAGGUGGCGCCAGUUAUCCAGGCUUGGGAAGAAGGCAGGUUCCAUGUAGAACACCCAGAUUCUCAUAUAGCGUGGGUGCGCCCUGGUUUUUGUAAAUGUAAGCCGUGGGCGGGGACCAUCAACUGGACCGAGCUUGGGAAUCAACCUGAGCAUAAGUUGAGAGAUGAUAUAGUCGUAAAGAAAUUGUUGUUGCUUUGA